UCCUCCUGCCACCAUUUUACCUCCCCUGCGUGCCCUCUACCUGCAGAACCCUACAGUCCGGCCGUUUGGGUAAUGAUGUUCGUCAUGUGCCUGACCGUUGUAGCUAUCACUGUCUUUGUUUUUGAGUACUGCAGUCCAGUGGGAUAUAACCGCAGUCUUGUCACUGCCAAAGAUCCAGGGGGUCCCACCUUCACCAUUGGUAAGUCAGUGUGGCUACUUUGGGGCAUUGUCUUUAACAAUUCAGUCCCGAUCGAGAACCCAAAGGGAACCACCAGUAAGAUCAUGGUCCUGGUGUGGGCUUUUUUUGCUGUCAUCUUUCUGGCUUCCUACACUGCUAACCUGGCAGCCUUCAUGAUCCAGGAGCAGUACAUGGACACCGUUUCUGGACUAAGCGAUAAAAAGGUACAGUGCAAUCACUAUGUUCGAAUCCCUUCUGUAAUUUUUUCUUGUUAGAAUUUUGAUUUGCCUUGAACAUAGUUCCAAUUACAAGGGUCAAAUACCAG